AUAUGUCCACAAGAUGGCGAAAACCACAAGGAUGAUAAUGAACGUGUACAUUUUCAUUUUUUAUUUAUUUUGUUCGUCCAUUCACUUAGUGUAUUUCUACGGGCGCAGUGCCAAUUUAAAGCAAGGAAUAUUCGGUACCGCGGGUUACAUGCCAACUAGAUUCUUCAUGUUGCACACUCCGGUACAGUAGGUGGCGGCACGCACCUACAACGCUGGUUUGUGGCCCGCUAUUAAACGAUUAAGAAGACUAACGUUAGAACGAACAGUACUCCACUACUGCCUGUUCUGUCACAUGUAGGGUCGUGGAUGCAAUAAGCUGACGUUUGGGCUACAGGCACAACAAACAGGCACUCUGUGGAUAUUUAUUAGCCUAAUAUUUCAUUCGCAGUGACUUUCAGGACUGUGCCAGAUUUUGGAUGGAGUCAGCACCGACGUUUUUAUUGUCUUGUGUCGCCGCAGCCAGGGACCUCAGGGUUCUGUCUUGUACAUCAGCGAGAGAAGAAUGGUCAAGUAUUUCUGUAAUAACGCAGACAUCAGGAGUACGUGGGACCAUGUUGUCUCUGCUUUUUGGCAGAGGUACCCAAACCCAUUCAGCACCCAUGUUCUCACGGAGGAUGUUGUGUACCGCGAAGUGACUGCGGACCACCGGCUCCUCUCCAGACGCCUCCUGACAAAGACCAAUCGGCUGCCUCGCUGGGCGGAGCGGCUCUUCCCCACCGGCAUGUCUCGCUUGGUGUACAUCAUCGAGGACUCCAUCGUGGACCCUGUCAACAGGAGCCUGACCACCUACACCUGGAACCUCAACCACACAACUCUCAUGUCGGUUGAAGAGCGUUGUAUUUUCCAAGACUCUGUGGAGCAGCCAUCCACCACCAAGCUGAAACGGGAGGCGUGGAUAUCCUCAAACAUUUAUGGCUUCUCCAGACCUGUUCAGGAGUUUGGAUUGGCCCGAUUCAAAAGUAACCAGGUGAAGGCCAUGAAAGGGCUGGAAUACGCACUGUCCAACUUAGAAGGAGAGACGCCCCAGUGGCUGCUCAGGGACACAGUGAAGGAUGCAUCAGAGAAGGCCAAGGAGGCAGCCAAGAGCCUGGCGUCAGCUGCUACCGCCCCAAAGAAACCGCAGCAGUACGUCUGACAGGACAGUGUGUAGGGCACCGUGCAGGUGACACCAACUCAACACAAUGGCUUUUGAGCAUCUCUAUCAUCUUGACUGGAAUGACGUUUUCUGGGAACUCGCUGAUUGCUGUUUAUUCUCAGUUUUUCUUCCUUUUUUUUUUUUUUAUCUUUUUCCAUUCUUUCGCUUUCUGUCUUCUGGUUAAAUCUCAGGUCCUGAGCUUUUGUCUGAAACACAUUGCCUUUGUGGAAGCAUUUAGAUUGUGACCAGCAGCACCUUUUGGUGCUGUAAAUACUUCAGGUAUAAAUGCACAUUUACAUGUCUUGCCAUAUAUGUAAUCUAUCUAUUUUAAUUUAAUAAGCUUAUUUUCAUACAAAAUUAUAAAACUAUCUUGAACAGUUUGGCACUUUGGAAUUCAAGUGCUAUUCUCACUACUAUUAUCAUCAUCAUAAUUGGUCCAGCCUAAAGUUCACAUUAGACCAAAUCCUAAUACUGUGACUGUGUAGUUUUAACUAAGCUUAAGCAAGCAAGAACAAGGAUUAUGAUUUGAUGGUUGCACGCAUAUAAACGGUGAACCUUAUUGUAUUAUGGUCGAUUUCCUCAUGCUUUCUUCCUUAUUUGACAUUUUCUGGGGUUGAGACUAUACUUCCCACUUUCAAACACAUCAGUACAUAAUCAGGCAAAUUCACAAAAGGAUUGCUCGGCUUUUGGGCCACUAAACCUGCACAAAUAAGACCAAAAAAAACAGUGUAAUUCUCAAAGACCCCGAAAAGGGUGAUAUAAAUAUGACUAUUGGUCAUAUGUAAAUGAGGUAAUAUGCAUACAUUUUGAAUGCAUGCGUUUGAAAACAACAACAGCACUGACUGGGAUAUUAAAUCCUAAACACAAUUUCUCUCUGUCAGGAAUGGAAUGCCUCGUCUGUCAGGAGAUCUCGGUCUGAAAAUGUCAUUUCUUUUUUUUUUUUUCUUUCUCUCUGCGGUUGUUCUGUCGUCUAUGUUCUUGGUGCAAAAGCAACGUUUAUUCUUCGCCACAUGGAUAAUUGCCCUCAGCUGCAAAACUUCAUGGGCGUAUUUUACGCUGUAAUAUCAUUAGCGCCACAUCCUUUGUGAAUCGGCCAAAGUCUUUGUUACUAGUGUCAAGCAUAUAAUGUAUUCUGUAAUACUGUGCACAAUAAUGGGACAUUUUCUAUAAAUGCUACGGGUUAGACAAUGUCAGAAUGGCCUGUAGUGAAACUUUGAAGAUCACAAGAAGCAAAGUGACUUGUAUGAAACAAAUCCGAUUGAGCAAAGUUUUCACAUCUCCGUGCUCAAAAUGACUUAGUAAUGUGAAUACUCCUUUAACUGUGUGACUGCGUAACCGAGGUGCGUUGUUAAGACGGAAUCAUUUCAACCUGCCUGUUGAUAUGAAGCUUAACCCUUGUGUUGACUUUGGGUCAAAUUGACCCGUUUUCAAUUUUUUUUUUUUUAUCAGAAAAUGUGGG